UUCCCGCCCAUUAAUGUUAUUGGCUGCUACCUUCAAGACCUACCCGGUGGUCGGAAUGUUUAUUUCAUAUUAAACGCCAUCGUUCUUGAUGUUCAAGCUAAAGAAAGAAAAGCUUGAUCUUUUUGGACGUUUAAUGAUCAAAUGUUUAGAUCAGUUAUUGAGCACAUCAGUUUGCAGAUCCCUCUGUUCUUCAUGCUCCAGCUAGAACACAGUGAAUGACAUUUCCAGGAAACGUUGCGACUUUCGAGGAACAUGAACGCACCAAAAAUACUGGGCGGAAUUUACAACGAGACAAACAGAUACUCUGCUCGAUUUACUAGCCAGUGUAGAGAGCGGCAUGCUACGAAGGAGAAGUUCCCAUUUUAUUUCAGCUUUCUUCUAAACUUGCUUUACUAUCGAUGCGUUACGGCUACUGUUUUUAUUGUUAACUUAUUGAUUUAUGCUAAGUGAUGUUGCGAUGUCUAAGCCAAGAUUCUAUACUAAAUUAGCAGCCAAAGUGACAGGUUUUGAUUGAUAAAGAGUUUCUUUUUUGCGCAUUACCAAGAAUUGAUAAUAUAAUAAUAAUAAUAAUUUGUUUAAAUGUAUAAUAAUUCAUACUUUUGCUUCGCAUAUUUAUGCUAAUCAUGAUUACCAGUGAUACUUAUAAAGAAAACUCUUCAUCAUCGAUGUUUAGCACCUCUAGCUGACUCACACACCGGCUAAUUGCUACGGAACGGACCCCUGAUCUAACCGCGGAAGGAGCUACCAGCGUGGCUGUCUCAGCGGUUCUCCCAUCAAAAUAGCGGAGUUUAGAGCCAGUCCGUGAUUCGGUCAGUGGCUCUGUACUGGUUUAGCUUCAGGGUUAGUUGGUGGACAUUAUGGAGGAGAGCGGAGAGCAGGCGGGGAGCGCAGCCUGCAGGGUUUUCACCUUUAAAGACGCGAAAAGCCCAGAGGAGAGUCUGAGUGUCUGCAUCCCAGAGGUUCUGGACCCUCAGUAUGGCAUGUACGUGUGGCCCUGCGCCGUGGUUCUGGCCCAGUACCUGUGGUUCCACCGAGACCAGCUGAGAGGCCGGGCGGUGCUGGAGCUCGGCGCCGGUGUGGGUCUCCCCGGCGUGCUGGCGGCCCGCUGCGGUGCCCGCGUGUCGCUGUCGGACGGAUCGGACCGGCCGCGCUGCCUGGAGAACGGCCGGCGGAGCUGCGCCGCCAACGGGCUGCGGGACGUCGGCGUGCUGGGCCUCAGCUGGGGGGACGUGACCCCGGAGCUGCUGCUGCUGCCCCCGCAGGACGUCGUCCUCGGCUCGGACGUCUUCUACGACCCACAGGAUUUUGAAGAUGUUCUGGUGACGUUUGUCUGCCUGCUGAGGAAAAACCCGGAGGCUCAGUUCUGGACGACGUACCAAGUGAGGAGCUCUGACUGGUCCCUGGAGGCCCUGCUCCACCGCUGGAGGCUGCGCUGCGUCUCGGUGCCGCUGGCGGACUUUGGUGCGGAUGGGUGUGAGCUGGCCGGGUCCGCCCUGCCGGGCAGCCACACCGUCCACAUGAUGAUCAUCAGCAGGAGGUCAGAGGUCGACCCUCCGGCCCAGGGGUCGCCGUCUGCUCCCAGACACGCAGCCUGUUGCUCAGCUGCUCAGGGAAAAACUGAUUGAAAUGAACACAUGAAAGCAGAUUCAGGGAAUCUGGGAGUAUUUCUGGGUUUGACUGCAGAUUUCAAGUUUUCUCAGCUCUGUGCUUCCGUGGCCAGCAGAGGGCAGUGUUCCUCUGAGAACAUGACAGGACGUCCUGUUUCUGGGAGAGACGGUCCGCCGGCGGCGUCCGGUCCGUCUGUCUCUGUCUCUGCUGUAAAUAAACGAAUGUCUUGCAGGUCCGUCGUGUGUUUUCUCCUCUGCAGAACCUUUAGAAACUGGGACUGGAAGCAGCUAAUCUGGGAUUAUCUCUCUGGUUCCAGAGUUUAUGGUCAGGCACUCGGCCUCCUUAUUCUUUGCUCUGUUGCAGAAACUGCCAGAUGAUUUGUCUUUCUCCUCAUCGUGUCUCAUCCAUCCCAAAGUUCAGUUGAAGCUGCACUCAGCACUUUACUAGAAACGAUUCAUUUACUGGAGAAACUGAGUCGUUUCACUUCACCUCUUACUUCAGUGAAACCUUUGGAUUCUCCAACAAGCAGGAUUUUCCCAAAACUGCCUUCAGACGGAUUUAUGAUGAAAAACAUUCAUGAAGCAGAACGUCGAUGUUUCUUCCUGUUAAUCUGCAGGAUGAUUGGAGUAAAAACCAGAACGAGACAGACUGCUGCAAAGUUUUUAAUUUGGUUCAAACAGAUGAUUUACAGAACAGAACCGGGUCCAGAAACCACCAGAACAAACUUUACAGUACCGAGCAAAGUCCAAAAUCUCCCACCUAUACAAACAUUUCAAACCGUUUUAUGCAGGAAACUCGACGUGUUUCCCUUUGAGACGAGAACCAGAACAGAAACAUUCAGAUAAAUGAGUAAAACCUGACAUGCAGGAUCUGAGCCUCGUUAAAAACUCGUUAACGUUCAGAAGCAGAAACUUUUCACCAGUUACAGAAAUAAAGAAACAGGAACAUUUCAGCUGAACUGUUUACUAAGUGAUUAAAUGUUGUGGAUGAAUUAAA